AUGCUCAGGCUCUUCACUAAAUCGACCAAAGGCGAAACACGGCCGGUUGGCAAAAAAGCAGAACCUUCAAGCACGGGCCCUGCAACCGCAAGAUGGAGGAGACCCGACGAAUCCACCAACGACGAGAAGAUUGCCAUCACCCGUCAACAGUUGCCACCUCCUCCUCUCCCAAGCUCCCUCCUCGACCCAGAUCUAGCACUCCCUUGUCUCGAUUUGUCGCCGGAUUUCGGUCUGCCUGCUGGAUUUGAAGGCAAACCAUCUACCCGUUGUAGGACUCCUGGGACGGAUAGACACAGUAAAGUAUAUGUAUAUCAAAAGAUCCCUUGA